AAUCAGCUAAAUACCUAAAUUAGUAAGCAUGGAUAACUUAUCGCAAAGGAAAUUUAAAAUAUUGCAUAAAAAGCGGUAUUAGCAGCGGUGAGAACAAAAACAACUCUUUGAAGAAAGAGUGUGUGAGUGAGAAGUGGUAGAUUGGGAGGGAGUUUGUCUACGGAGAUUGUGUCUAAUGGAUGCCGUAAUGCCAAAAGUUAAACAACCAGUCGUUAAGACAGAACCCGACAAAGCAGGCAACGGGUUCUUCCAAUACAGCGACAGAAAGUACGGAAGCGGAUAGUAAUGCUGCUUGUUAUUCUACGAGCACCGGAAGCUCACCAGCCGGAACGAAUGUCACCACAGGAAACACUACUAAUGCUAAAGCUGGCAGUGCAUCAGACGAUAAGAAAGUAGAAUCGACUGCUGGAGGCAAUGCAACGACCAGUGCUGAUGAUGCCACCUCUUUGUCUUCCACAAGUGACAGUUCUAGUAAUACCACACCUGCUGAUGCCGCAGGAGGAGCUGUGCUGAGGAACUUGUAGCAAUACAGCUACUGCUCCCACCUCUGCUGAAAAGCAGUGCGACACCUACAGACGCUAUUAAUGCGGCUGCUGCCGGUAACAUAGAAGCAAUGGAAAUUGAUUCUGAUAUUGAAAUACCAGCCUCUAAAGCAACCGUAUUAAGAGGUCAUGAAAGUAGGCAUUCAUUUGUGCUUGGAAUCCAUCACGAGAUUUACUAGCUAGUGAUUCGGGUGAUAGCACUGCUCGUAUUUGGUAUAUGUCGGAUGCCAUGAGUUCACCCAAUCAAUUGGUCUUGUGUCAUUGCUUACAAAAGGCGGGAGCAGAAGUGCCCAGUAACAAAGACGUUACUUCAUUAGAUUGGAAUUGCGAUGGCACAUUUUAUGCUACCGGCAGUUAUGAUGGUUUUGCUCGUAUUUGGAAAACCAAUGCUACAUUAGCUUCCACUUUGGACCAACAUAAGGUUCCCAUACUUGUCUUGAAAUGAAACAAACGUGAAAACUACAUAAUUUCCAUAAUUUGAAAUGCUUCUGCUGGAUAAUAUACUUAGCAAUUUUCAUUAUACAAUGACCCAGCCCUGGAUGUAGAUUGGCAGACAAACAAUGCAUUUGUCUCAUGCAGUACUGAUCUACGUAUUCUUGUGAGUCGUUUGGGCACUGGAGUACCUGUCAAAACCUUUAAGGGACACACGAACGAGAUCAAUGCCAUUAAGUGGUGUCCACAUGUACAAAAGUUGCCGCCAGUGCUUCUAACCACAGCGUUUUUGUACUGGAUCUCAGAAAAUUGUGAACGGCAACAACAACAUUAUAAUCAUCGGCUUGUAUUGCUCUUCUUUUAAACAGACUAUAUACUGAAAUAGAACUUCAACUGAAUUACAACUGAAUAUAAAAAUAAAAUUAUUUAAAAAACCAUAAAUUUAUUAAAAAAAUCUUAAUACAAACAUAACUACUACUACAUACAUUAAGAACUUAAAAAUCUACACAAUUAUCCAAAAAACGUUCUUUUAACAAACGACACGGCUCUCUUUUAACUUCGCCCGUCUUAGUUGUGCCUUUAAAGAAUUUUGUCAAUUUAGUACCAGCAUAUUUAGGUUUCUCUGAAUCGGGCUCAUCAAAUUCCAUAUCAUAGGCCUUAUCGGCUAAAGCAUUUUCCGCCGUAGACCAACUAAAACGCACUAAACGUGGAAACCCGAAAACCAAAUCAAUAUUCUCGGAAAGAAAACGUUUUGUUACCGGAUCACCGGGAUAACCACUACCAAAGUUAUUGUCUUCUAUUUCUAUGCCUUCAGAGAAUUUCCAUACUUUGAGGGCAUGAUCACGACUAACUUUGGCGCAA